AUGGCUGGAACAUUUGAAUACUAUCCAACGAACGAGGAACGCAACAAGAACUCGUACUUCCUCGUUGCAACACUUAGACACGUUUUUGAAAAGUUAUACUGGAUGUACUAUAUCCAUCUUCCCUACUACCUCAUGGAGUCACAAGAUGCAUUUGUACUACAUUUGUUCUUCCUCACGUUAUUCAGUCUAUGUAUCUAUGCGGUGUUCUCCUAUUUGCCACAUUCAUUAGUGGUCUGGUUCACAAGAAGCUAUUACUAUCUAACGGGUGAUGAUUUCAAAAAAGUGCUCAUACAUUAUGGGUUUAACGCAUAG